UGGAUUAUUCUAAUCCAUGGCUCUCCAUCGCUGCUGGCUUGGUUGCUCAGUCCACAGUCGGUCUGGUUUUGGUGCAGGUUGAAGGAUGGCUAUCAGCGUGCAGCGUUUCCUGCUGGUUCUGCUUCUUCUGGGAGCUGACGUGAUCAUCGGCAUUCGUGCUCAGGAGGCUCCUGUGUCUGAGGCGUGGACCAGCAGGUCUUGCAAAUGUGACUGUGACGAAGGAGAAUCCCCAACUGCGGUUUCCUCCAUUGGAUCCGGCUCAUCCAUGGUGCGAGGAGUGGAUUGCAUGCCGGAGUGUCCGUACCACAGGCCUCUUGGCUUUGAGGCUGGAUCAGUGAAUCCAGACCAGAUCACCUGCUCCAGCCAGGACCAGUACACCGGCUGGUUCUCCUCCUGGACCCCAAGCAAGGCCCGGCUCAACACCCAGGGGUUUGGGUGCGCCUGGCUGUCCAAGUUUCAGGACACCACUCAGUGGCUUCAGAUUGACCUGAGGGAGGUGAUGGUGGUGUCAGGGAUCCUCACCCAGGGCCGCUGUGACGCUGACGAGUGGAUCACCAAGUACAGCAUUCAGUACCGCUCCGACGAGAAACUCAACUGGAUCUAUUACAAGGACCAGACCGGAAACAACAGGGUGUUUUACGGAAACUCUGACCGCUCCUCGUCCGUGCAGAACCUCCUGCGGCCGCCCAUCAUAGCCCGUUACAUCCGCAUCCUCCCUCUGGGAUGGCACACACGCAUCGCUCUGCGCAUGGAGCUGCUGCUCUGCAUGAACAAAUGCAUCUGAACCUUUGGUCCCGCCGUCCCCGAGGCCUUGUCCCAAAACUACAACUGAACCUAGAGUAAAGCCCCCGCCCUAAGGGUGUGUGGUGUGUGAUUAUAUAUAUAUCCACAGAAAUCCUGAAGCUGCUUCCAAAAUAGUCACAGUGAAACCCUCUCAAAAUCAGUUAAAACUUAUGAGACUUAUGAGAUUGUGUUAAAAUACUCAAAAGCUGCAGGCUUUCAUUUGGUGAGUUCUCAACAGAUUGUUCCAACUGCAAUAACAUGGCAUGAAUUCAAAGCAGUAAUUAAGCGUGGAGAGUUUCUGAGGCAAGCUCUCCCAAAACAUUUAUAUUGAUGAAAUUCUGUCUAUGCCUCAUGGUGUAUUGAUCGCAGCAUCAAAUUUAUUCUUCCCAGUCCUUUUAAUUUAAGAUGAAGUCUGGUCAUAGUCUACAGUUUGUCUUACUGGAAAACAAAUCCCGCAAAAAGAUCAAAAACUGAUGAGGGACUCAUCCUAAUAAAAAGUCUGUCCUGUCUGCUCUAAAUCAUACUCAUUAUCUCGUAAAUGUGUAUCAAUACGGAGCUGAAAAUAGUCCCCGACCGCCCACGUUUAAGAUCAUCUUGUUUCCAAAAAUAUGAAUCAUUGCCGGAACGAUUUUGAAUGACGCCAGAUUUUUGCUGGAAACAUGCCCGAAUUCACUUCCUGUUUUCUCCUUAUGUUUUAGUUUGGUGCUAUACGCGAUCAGCCAUAACAUUAUGACCACUCACUGACAGGAGAAAUAAAUAACGUCUUGUGACGUUAUGCCAUGAAACUUUUGGACCUGGAAUUGCUGUGGAUAUUACCUAGACAUGUACCACACACACCUAGACCAGAGCAAGCCCCCCCCCCUCCCCAUAUGACACUCCUUGAUGGCAGCAGGAUGCAGCCUGACACAGACGCACACAAAAACGGUUUAGGAGCAACUCAAAAAACAUUAAAAACAAGAACAAGGUGUUGACCUGGCCUCCAAAUUCAAAACUGUGGGAUGCACUGGAAAAAGGACCCAAACCCCCCAAACAGGACACCCCAAGAAGACCCAUGUUCAUGCCUACACAAUAUUAGGUCAUAAUGUUAUGUGUGAUUGGUGUAUAUAGAUCAUGGGAUGGAGCAUUUACUAUUAUUCAGAUGUAGUUUGGUAUUGUGGUUACUUCCUGAUUUAUUUUUUUUGUUUUGUUUUCCUGCAACAUUUUAAUUUCCCAUGGUGGUUUGGGAGCACAUCGUGUGAUCUCUUAAUCUGAAGAUGUGUUCUUUAUCGUAUCUUUAAACUAUCUCCUUGGUCAAAUCA